AUGCACCCACCACCCCCAAAUCGCGUCUGCCACGAUCCGGGCGAAGACCCCCUCGACCAGCGAGUCAUUUUAGAACAAAAGUUGCAAAAGGCCUCACAGUGGCUGAGCCCUGAUGAGUUCGCUUCUUCUACGGAGGUGGAGAUCAAGUGUGCAUUAGCAACGGCGGAACUGUACCGAUUAGCAACCUUAUUGUACCUGCAGCGGGUGGUUCCCGCCGAAGGCGAUGACACGAGAAGAAUUACAUACUUACAGCAGGCGUUUGCAGCUCUGGCAGAAGUUCGAGUAGCAACGAGCCCUUGGCCAGUUUUCGUAGUGGCCUGCGAGUCGCGCACUGACGAGGAGCGCAUUCACAUCUUGGAAAUUCUUGAUCGGAUGGACAGGCUUCGAAAUGUUGGGAAUUUCAUUGCCUUGGACGAAGACAAGUGCCACUUCACCUACCAGCUUGUCAACGCCAUGGGUGCUACCAACAUCAUUGAAGCAGGCACGAGCUUUGGUGUCAGCACCAUAUACCUUGCUCUUGCUGUUGGCAAAACGACGGCUGCAACUGGGAAGUCCGGGAUUGUCAUCGCGACCGAAAAGGAGCCUGAGAAGGCAUUGAUGGCUCUCUGGUCAGUUCUUGCUCUUCCGACCCUCAAGACCGUCCUUCCCCAUCUGCGACACGGCGCAGUCGUUCUGACGGACAACACGAUAUCCGGCGCCGAGGGCUAUAAGGACCUGUUGGCGUACUUGCGGGAGCCUCGGAAUGGGUUCCAAAACAUGACUCUGCCUUUUACCAAUGGGUUCGAGAUGAGCGUUUAUCUGCCGAAGAACUAA